AUGGCUAACAACGCUGCUGGUUCUUCGCAGCCUGCUAAGGCGGGCGAUCCUCUCGCUCAAAUGGCGCAUUCUGAGGCUCACUACUUCAACAGUUAUAACCACCAUGGUAUCCACGAGGAGAUGUUGAAAGAUGAAGUCCGAACCAAGUCCUACCGGGACGCCAUCUACCAGAACGGUCACUUGUUCAAGGACAAGGUGGUCCUCGAUGUCGGAUGCGGUACAUCCAUCCUCAGCAUGUUUGCGGUUCGCGCGGGCGCAAAACACGUUAUCGGUGUCGAUAUGUCCACAAUUAUCGACAAGGCCAAGGAGAUCGUCGAGCGAAACGGAAUGAGCGACAAGAUCACUCUUCUGCAGGGAAAGAUGGAGGAGGUAGUGCUCCCAUUCGACAAGGUUGAUAUCAUAAUAUCUGAGUGGAUGGGCUACUUCCUACUCUACGAGAGCAUGAUGGACACUGUUCUUUACGCUCGUGACAAGUACCUGGCUAAGGACGGUUUGAUCUUCCCUGACAAGGCUACUAUCUUUAUGGCCGGUAUUGAGGACGGUGACUACAAGGAGGAGAAGAUUGGCUUCUGGGACAACGUCUGGGGCUUUGACUACACUCCCCUCAAGGAGACCGCCAUGACAGAACCCCUCGUGGACACCGUCGACAUCAAGGCUGUUGUUACGGACCCUGCACACAUCAUCACCUUCGAUCUCUACACAGUCCAAGUCAAGGAUCUUGCCUUCUCACAAGAGUACAGCAUCAACGUGCGCCGGAGCGAUUUUGUCCAUGCUCUCAUCGCAUGGUUCGAUAUUGAGUUCUCCGCUUGCCACAAGCCCAUUCGCUUCUCUACCGGCCCUCACACCAAGUACACUCACUGGAAGCAAACCGUUUUCUACCUCAAGGACGUCCUUACCUGCGAGGAGGGCGAGACCAUCACCGGUACUCUAGUAAACAAGCCCAGCGAGAAGAACCACCGUGAUCUCGACAUCAGCAUCUCCUACAAGCUCAACACCGAGGAUAUGCACAGACAGGCCUCCGGCUCUGGAGUGUACAGGAUGUAUGUGCUAAACGAUGCUUAUUUUCAAGUAUCAUGCAUAUAA